AUGUCUCUCAUCGCUUCUAUCAAGACUCCUCACAUCACAGUUGAGCAGCCCGUCGGCCUGUUCAUCAACAACGAAUACGUCAAGGGCUCCGAGGGUAAGACCUUCGAGACCGUCAACCCCGCCAACGAGCAGGUCAUCACCUCCGUCCAUGAGGCCAACGAGAAGGAUGUCGACAUCGCCGUGGCCGCCGCCCGCAAGGCCUUUGAGGGCGAAUGGAGACGGGUUACCCCGUCCGACCGUGGUCGUCUCCUGAACAAGCUGGCCGACCUGAUUGAGCGCGACAUUGAUGCUCUGGCCGCCAUUGAGGCCCUCGACAACGGCAAGGCCCUCACCAUGGCCAAGGUCGACUUGGCCAACGCCCUGGGCUGCAUCCGUUACUACGCCGGCUGGUCCGACAAAAUCCACGGUCAGACCAUUGACACCAACCCCGAGACCCUCUCCUACACCCGUCACGAAGCCAUUGGUGUCUGCGGUCAGAUCAUCCCCUGGAACUUCCCCUUCCUCAUGUGGGCUUGGAAGAUCGCCCCCGCCAUCGCCGCCGGUAACACCGUCGUCCUCAAGACUGCUGAGCAGACCCCCCUCUCCGGUCUGUACGCCGGUAAGCUCAUCAAGGAGGCUGGUUUCCCCCCUGGUGUGAUCAACAUCAUCUCCGGUUUCGGUCGUGUCGCUGGUGCGGCCAUCUCCAGCCACAUGGACAUCGACAAGGUCGCCUUCACCGGUUCCACCGCUGUCGGCCGUACCAUCCUCCAGGCCGCGGCCAAGAGCAACCUCAAGAAGGUUACCCUCGAGCUGGGUGGCAAGUCUCCCAACAUUGUCUUCGAGGAUGCCGACAUUGACAACGCCAUCUCGUGGGCCAACUUUGGUAUCUUCUUCAACCACGGCCAAUGCUGCUGCGCCGGUUCGCGCCUGCUAGUCCAAGAGAGCAUCCACGACAAGUUCGUCGCCCGCUUCCGCGAGCGUGCCGCCCAGAACAAGCUCGGUGACCCCUUCGCCGCCGACACCUUCCAGGGUCCUCAGGUUUCCCAGCUCCAGUUCGACCGCAUCAUGGAAUACAUCAAGCACGGUAAGGAUGCUGGUGCCACCGUUGCGCUCGGUGGUGAGCGCCACGGCGACAAGGGCUACUACAUCCAGCCCACUUUGUUCACCGAUGUCACUUCCGACAUGAAGAUCGCCCAGGAGGAGAUCUUCGGUCCCGUCAUCACCGUCCAGAAGUUCAAGGACAUUGACGAGGCCAUCAAGAUCGGUAACAGCACUCAAUACGGUCUCGCUGCCGGUGUCCACACCAAGAACGUCAACACUGCCAUCCGUGUGUCCAACGCUCUCAAGGCCGGUACCGUCUGGAUCAACAACUACAACAUGAUCUCCUACCAGGCUCCCUUUGGUGGUUUCAAGGAGUCCGGUAUUGGCCGCGAGCUGGGAUCGUACGCCCUGGAGAACUACACCCAGGUCAAGACCGUCCACUACCGUCUGGGCGACGCUCUCUUUGGUUAA